AUUUUUGGCUCCGCGGCUUGGGCUGCUUGCUGCCUGUCGUGCACGCGCGCGCGCGCACACACGCACCCACACAUGCACACAUUUUCGCGCUCGCUCUUUCUCGCCCUCCUUUGUUUAUUUUCUAAUCUAUAUUUUUGUUUGAAGAUCUCCUCUUCACUCUCUCCCGCCCUCUUCCCAGUGCUCUCGUGGGCCUGCCGGGCGCACACCGCUCCCCUCCAUCACCCCAGCCCUCCUCCCGGUCUCCCCGAGCGCAGGGUUUGAAGGUCACCUCCUUUCCAGUCCCCGUGCGAGCCGCGCCACCACCGCCUCCUCCAGCUGGAACCGGUGGUACAGGCUGCACUGCCCUGAAGUGGUUUUGGCAGCGGCAGCGGACCGAGCCCCCGGGCCGCGUAGGGUGGGGAACCCCGAACUCAGGAGGGGAAUCCCUCCCACUUCGCCCCAGUCCCCGAUUGCACCGUCGGUGAGGUGGGGGGCGCUCUGCCAGCUCUAGAACGGCAGAGUCGGCGACAGCCGGCCCCACGCGUGAGCCUCCCGGGCAGGAAGAAGGAGUGAACAGGGCACCCUGCAUCUGGAGGGGACAGCCGUGCGCCCCGCCCCUGCGUCCCGAGCGCGAGAACUGCAAGCCUCCAACCCAGGCAGAGCGCGGAGCGGCGGACAGCUCGCCCAGGGCUCAGGCACCUGGCGCUACAGACCCCCUGGCAGUGGCCAUCAGGGCCCGGGCUGUUCAGCCCCCGUGCCGUGCCCAGCUGCGCCCAGCCCACUGCCCAGGCAGUGGAGCCAGGGCGGGGCUGACCUGCCCGCGAAGUUGCGGACCGCGCGGGAGAAGCCAGCACCCGGUUUUAGCUGCCUCCAGCUCAGGGUGAGUGUGGCUGAGGGUGCAGAGAGCGCAGGGGAAUUGGAGGGGCUGGGGCCAAGCGGAAGGCGACAGGAACCCGGCUGGUCUGGAGUUCUAGGAAACUGCUCAGAGAACUCAUGCAAGUGGCACUUACAGUUUCCUUGAUCGGGCUCAGCAUUCAGAUAUCAAAGCAGACUGCAAUACCUGUGUGGAAAUAGAGGACAGAAAGGUUUCAAGACAACAGAUGAAUUGUGAAAGAGAGCAGCUAAGGGGUAAUCAGGAAGCAGCAGCUGCCCCUGACACAAUGGCUCAGCCUUAUGCUUCGGCCCAGUUCGCCCCCCCCCAGAACGGCAUCCCCGCGGAAUACACGGCCCCUCAUCCCCACCCCGCGCCCGAGUACACGGGCCAGACCGCCGUCGCCGAGCACACGUUAAACCUGUACCCUCCCGCCCAGUCGCACUCGGAGCAGAGCGCAGGGGACACCAGCGCGCAGACCGUCUCGGGCACCGCCACACAGACAGAUGACGCAGCGCCGACGGAUGGCCAGGCCCAGACACAACCUUCUGAAAACACAGAAAACAAGUCCCAGCCCAAGCGGCUGCAUGUCUCCAACAUCCCCUUCCGGUUCCGGGAUCCCGACCUCCGACAAAUGUUUGGCCAAUUUGGUAAAAUCUUAGAUGUUGAAAUUAUUUUUAAUGAGCGAGGCUCAAAGGGAUUUGGUUUCGUAACUUUCGAAAAUAGUGCCGAUGCGGACAGGGCGAGGGAGAAAUUACACGGCACCGUGGUAGAGGGCCGUAAAAUCGAGGUAAACAAUGCCACAGCACGUGUAAUGACAAAUAAAAAGACGGUCAACCCUUAUACCAACGGCUGGAAAUUGAAUCCAGUUGUGGGUGCGGUCUACAGUCCCGAAUUCUAUGCAGGCACGGUGCUGUUGUGCCAGGCAAACCAGGAGGGAUCUUCCAUGUACAGUGCCCCCAGUUCACUUGUAUAUACUUCCGCAAUGCCCGGCUUCCCGUAUCCAGCCGCCACCGCCGCGGCCGCCUACCGAGGGGCGCACCUGCGAGGCCGUGGCCGCACCGUGUACAACACCUUCCGGGCCGCGGCGCCCCCACCCCCGAUCCCGGCCUAUGGCGGUGUUGUUUACCAGGAUGGAUUUUAUGGUGCAGACAUUUAUGGUGGUUAUGCUGCAUACCGCUACGCCCAGCCUACCCCUGCCACUGCCGCUGCCUACAGUGACAGUUACGGACGAGUUUAUGCUGCCGACCCCUACCACCACACACUUGCUCCAGCCCCCACCUACGGCGUUGGUGCCAUGAAUGCUUUUGCACCCUUGACUGAUGCCAAGACUAGGAGCCAUGCUGAUGAUGUGGGUCUCGUUCUUUCUUCAUUGCAGGCUAGUAUAUACCGAGGGGGAUACAACCGUUUUGCUCCAUACUAAAUGACAAAACCAUAAAAACCUUCCAAUGUGGGGAGAAAGGAAGCUUUCCGAGGCCUGGGUAUUGCAAUACAUGCAGUAGUGCAUCAUUUUAGCAACUCGAAAAACUAAAAAGAGGAAAAAAAAAUUACAUUUUUUAUCUUAUACCUCAGAUAUUUUGUUCUGUGUAUUUUAAUAUUGUGGGUCUUUCAUUUCUGAAGGUUCCGUAGUUUGGUUGCUGGCUGUAGGAGUUUUUUUGUGAUCUAGAGAGAUGCUAGCUAUGAAUCAAAACUGGUUUAGGGCCAUAUCCAGAGUGCUUUAUCAUGUAAAUGAAUUAUAUAUGCUGAAUAUUAAGCUACUGGGGUUAUCAGCUGUUCGGGAAGAGUGUCAGUGACUACAGUAGUCAUUUUUGUUCUGCAUCUGCAUUAUUUUAUUUUAUGAAAGGGGACGGGUGGGAGGGCCAUAGCAGAUUGGGAGUGGGGUUUGGCUGAAGGAAAAAAACAAAUAGUAACGGAUGAAUCUAAACGACCCACUGCACCAACAAUCAUCUAUCAACGGUUCUGAGUUACUCAUUGUCAGUGCAAGCCAAAGGUUAUGUUGUUAAGGGGGUGCUUCUAGUAGCACGUGUGCAUCCAAGUUGAAUUAAGCUGUGCAAACCCACCCUUUAAACCAUUCCACCUGGCAGUAUUCAGCUUCUUAACCAGCCGCUAGUUACUUAGGCAAAAACUGCUAGUUAGGCCGUCAACAAGCAUUCUUUUUAUAUUUCUUCCAGUAUAAUAAAUUAUUGAUAUCAUUGCUGACUUUUAUAUUAUGGGAGGGAAAAAAAUAACAUUAAUAAAAAGGUGAUAAAAAGCACUGUUUCUAUUUUUUUCUUUUUUUCCAAAAAAAAGAAAGUAAUAAAAACUUAAAUUCUUUGUACCAGUUAAAAAAAAAUGUAUAAAAUUUACAUCUGUGCAGUGGAGUUGUUAAGUUCUAGAAACAGUCUAUGAAGCUUUAGUUUUAGCCUAGUAGAACAACUGUUAGAGACAGACGUAUAAUUUUUAUGGAAUUACAUGAUAAUCAUAUUCGGAUUUAUAGAAGCAUUUUACAAGUAUUGCAAUCAUUGAGUAGAGAUAAUCGUAGUAUCUUCAUCAGCUUGGUACUUUUUGAAACAUGACUGUGUAAUGUGAACGACCUGCAAUUUUUCAGUCCGUGACAGCCUGCCCUCCCAUUCUUCCUGGUCCCCAGGGAUUCUGUCAACCCAGUAUUUUUAGUUCUGUCUCCAUGGCCCAGGACACUUGUCAGAAGGAAGCAAAAAAGUAGGUCCACCCUCUUCAUCCCCGAAGAACAAAGUCCCCCCACCUCUGACGCAGGGCCAGAGUGACACAGCCGAAAAAUUGCAGUUUGUCUGUACUACUUCUGUUUGAUCUCCUUCCAUGUUGUCCUGUUUACAAGUUAACCUAAGUUGGGGUAUCUGUCACGGGUCUUCCUGUUUUUGUAUUUAAAUUAAACACACAGCAGCAAGCUGUCCCCAGUAGUUUUGCUGCCAUAGUUAAAUCUUCAUGUGUACAGUGCAGGCCUUCUGGCAAGCACUAUAGCAAAUCAUCAACUCACCGCUGUGAACCUGCCAAUCCGCUGUAACAACUCUGCUUUCAAACAAAACCAAACAAAACUUUAAAAAAAAAAAAAAGUGUUUGUGAUCCAGCAUUCUUGUCAUCCUAUGUGCAUGCAGUAAGAUCGGUUGGAUAUUAAACCAUCAAUAAAGUUUCACAAGAUUUGAAAACCAAGUUUCUGUAGCUUCGCUAUCUAAGGCAGAUGACCGUUGUCUUGAAAAGAGAGAAAGGGAGAGGAUGGGGGCGGGGGGAGAAACUGCUUUAGCAGCCCAAAGCAUAGAAAACUUUCUUUUCACCUGACUUCUUUGGGUGGGGGAGGGGGGAGCAAAGGGGUAUUUUACAGCAUCACUAAGAUAUUGUCAUGCCCCCACCUGGGGAACAGUGUUAUGACAGUGGGUGCCUGGUUGAUGUUUUUAAAGGCAACAAUUUAGUAAAAUGCUAUGGCAUCCUACCCCAGAGGGGAGCGAGGUAGAAAGAACGGGGUUGGCGAGAAUACAUAGAUUUCUCCCAAUUGCCUCAGAUUUCACAAUCCAGAAUUUGCAUUGUAUUUGGAAUCACAAACAUAGAAUUCUUACUGUGUUGGUUCAAGUAAAAUUAAUUUUCAGUUUUGAUUUUCAUCCAUGAGCUGUACUUUCCCCCAUGAUUGUAUGUAGUUUUAAUAAAAUCAUUUAGAGCAAGUGGGUGCCAACUGAUGUUGCAGAAUCUUUUGUCUAGGCACUCCUCCAAGAUGCCAAUAAGUCAUUUUCAAAUGUAUGUCAGAGAUGUAAACAAAACAUUUUGGAUUUUUUAAACAGUAUUUAUUUGGAAUGUUUUCAUUUAUCUAAAUAACUAUUGCUAUUAUGAAUUAUGAAAAAAAACACGAUUACUAUCAUGUGUGGCAUAUAGUGACUUCUAAACACACACAUCAUGCAAUCCGCAAACCCAGAAAAUGUGUAUAUCUGUCUUUAGAAAUUAGUGUUUAUAUCACUUACAGUGGUUUGUGAAUAAAGAAAACUGGUUUGUAAUAUCAAAAAAAUAAAAGCUUAGUCUGAAACGG